UGUUUCUUCAUUCAAUUUCGACCUAUCCAGACUGUAGGACUCGGUCUUUCUUAUUAUUAUUUCCCUAUAAAUACCACCAAUGUGUCAUCAACAUUUCAAUUAACUCCCAUUUUCAUUUUACUCCGCCAUGAGGAACGACUCUCCCUACACUCCUCUUCUUAAUGGCUCCGCCAAUAACCACCGUAGAGACCUUCUUCUUGUGCUCUCCGGUUUGCUCUUACUCGCUUCGAUAAUCGCUUUUAGCGGCUACCGCGGUGGUUUCAUCAACUCACGUGAACCUCAUGCCGACGUGUCAUCGUCAUCGUCAUCGUCAGCAUCGUCCGAUGAAGCAGCCAAACCGAGCGCGGUUUCGCGAGGCGUUUCCUCCGGUGUGUCGGAGAAGUCAAACACGUUUCUCUCUGGUAAGGUCGUUGGAGAAGCUGAAUCGUUUCCUUGGGAUAAUACUAUGUUGUCAUGGCAGAGAACGGCUUUUCAUUUUCAGCCAGAGAAGAAUUGGAUGAAUGGUAGUAUUUUCAUCCAUCGAUCUAUCUAUCUAUUUUUCUUUUUUGUUUUCUUUGUUUAUUUAAUUGAGACAAGCUAUAUUUAAUGAAAAGUGAUUUUUGGAGAAGUGAUUAUGAUAACUGAAACCCGAGAGAUUUGUUCAUUUUAAAUUAAGUGAAAAGAAAAGCUAGUUUGUUUUUCGCUUAGAUUAUUUGUGCCUUUCCAAGUAUCAUGGAUUGGAAUUUAGUUGUUAUGUGCUGGAAUGGAAUAGGAUUUUAUUAUAAUGAACAAAAGAGUUGAAUAGUGAAAAGAGAUGAAGAUGACACUUUUAAUUGUCAUUAUUUAGAAAAAAAAGGAUUAUCGAUGGUUUUUAAAUUUCUGACUAUUUCUUAAUGUUCAAUAGUGGUGAACAAAAUUAACACGAUUUCUUUUUUUUUGUUUUUUGUUUUUUGUUGGAUGAUGUUGGCUUGGACUGAUGGUGGAAUCUGGUUUGAUACUUGGCUUUGUUUCAGAUCCUAACGGUCCAUUGUAUUACAAGGGAUGGUACCAUUUUUUCUACCAAUACAAUCCAAAUGGUGCAGUUUGGGGAGACAUAGUUUGGGGGCACGCAGUGUCAAGAGACAUUAUCCAUUGGCUUCACCUUCCACUAGCAAUGGUGGCAGAUCAAUGGUACGAUAGUAACGGCGUUUGGACAGGCUCUGCUACCAUCUUACCUGACGGUCAAGUCAUCAUGUUAUAUACCGGUUCGACCAAUGAAUCAGUGCAAGUUCAAAACCUUGCAUACCCUGCUGAUCUCAAUGAUCCUCUCCUUGUGGAUUGGAUCAAGUACCCUUCCAACCCGGUUCUCGUCCCUCCAAAAGGCAUCCUUCCGAAGGACUUUCGAGACCCGACGACAGCUUGGCUUACUACCGAAGGAAAGUGGCGAAUAACCAUAGGCUCCAAGAUAAACAAAACCGGUGUUGCAUUGGUUUAUGAUACAGUGGAUUUCAAGACCUAUGAGCGUAAAGACGUGUUGCUUAACGCUGUUCCUGGUACUGGUAUGUGGGAGUGUGUGGAUUUUUUCCCUGUUUCUAAGAAGUCUGAAAAUGGUUCGGAUACUUCUAUUAACGGCGUCGAGGUUAAGCAUGUGAUGAAGGUGAGUUUGGAUGAUGAUAGACAUGAUUAUUACUCAUUGGGGACUUAUGAUGAGAAGAAGGUUAAGUUUAUAGCAGAUGAUUUUAAAAAUGAUGUUGGUGUUGGAUUGAGGUAUGAUUACGGUAUAUUCUACGCUUCCAAGACAUUUUACGAUCAGAAAAAGAAUAGGAGAGUGUUAUGGGGUUGGAUUGGAGAAUCCGAUAGCGAAUACGCUGAUGUUGCCAAAGGCUGGGCUUCAGUUCAGAGCAUUCCAAGAAUUGUGAAGCUUGAUAAGAAGACUGGUAGCAACUUGCUUCAAUGGCCUGUUGCGGAGGUGGAGAGUUUGAGAUUAAAAAGUGAUGAAUUUAAAAACUUGAAGGUUAAGCCAGGGGCAGUGGUGUCACUAGAUAUUGAAACUGCCACACAGUUGGACAUUGUAGCCGAGUUUGAGAUAGACAAAGAAGCUUUGGAGAAAACAGCUCAAUCCAAUGUGGAGUAUGAGUGCAGCACCAGUGGCGGAGCUUCCCGUCGCGGUGCCUUAGGACCUUUUGGUCUAUAUGUUUUGGCAGAUAAAGGUCUUUCUGAAUACACUCCUGUGUACUUUUAUGUUGUAAAGGGAAGCAAUGGAAAACUCAAGACUUCUUUUUGCUCUGAUCAAUCAAGGUCUUCUCUUGCAAAUGAUGUUCAUAAACAAAUCUAUGGGAGUGUAGUACCAGUACUUGAAGGAGAAAAAUUAUCCUUAAGGAUACUAGUGGACCAUUCUAUAGUUGAAAGCUUUGCUCAAGGUGGAAGAACAUGUAUAACAUCAAGAGUUUAUCCAACAAGGGCAAUUUAUGGAGCUGCUAGAUUGUUCUUAUUCAACCAUGCUAUUGAAACCAAUGUCACUGCCUCUCUCAAAGUUUGGCAGAUGAAUUCUGCAUUUAUACGCCCAUACCACCCUGAUCAAAAGAGUCAGAGAAAUUAAAUUGGAUAUUUGAGACACGCAAUCACAAGGAAGAAUUGUGGGGAAACUAUUUGGUAGGAAAGUUGUGGCUAACAACUUUAGUGAUCCAAUCAAAUCAUCAACCCUUUUAAUGUUGUGGCCUUUUUUGUACAAUUUUCCUUAGCCAAUUUUUGUUCAAUUAUACUUUAGAAUGUUUCAUUGUAAUUUGAUUACCCCACAUGUGAUUAUAUCUUAAGUGGUUGAUAUGUUCAUUGAAGAAAUAUCAUUGAUGUUAGUGCUCUC